GCUGACAGGUAGAGAUGUUGGGGCGAACACAGGAACAGCAGACGGAGGGGAGAGUCGGUCGGCCCGUCGGAGGAGAGGAAGUGUGAGUUACUUCUGCACCGCGGUGGGCUUUCUGAUUCCGAGGAGGAGUGAACAUGGCGAUGCACUUGUACCACUUGAGCAGUAAGCUGCUCGAGGACACUGUCGGGACAAUGAACGACAACCUGACCUCCGUGGUCCUGGCGGCCUCCGUCAUCACCCUCACGCUGGGAUAUGUGUCCAAGCUGCUGCUCCAACAGGCGCCUGGCAACGAGCCGAAACAUCCACCUUACAUCCCCUCCAGCAUCCCCUUCCUGGGCCACGCCAUUGCUUUUGGGAAAAGUCCCAUUGAAUUUCUCGAACAUGCAUAUGACAAGUACGGACCAGUGUUCAGCUUCACCAUGGUGGGGAAAACGUUCACCUACCUGCUGGGCAGCGAAGCGGCGACGCUGCUGUUCAACAGCAAGAACGAGGAUCUGAACGCCGAGGACGUCUACUCCAGACUGACCACCCCGGUGUUUGGCAAAGGAGUCGCCUACGAUGUGCCAAACCCUCUAUUUCUGGAACAGAAGAAGAUGCUGAAGACCGGACUCAACAUUGCUCGUUUCAAAGACCACGUGAAAGUCAUCGAGGCAGAGACCGUCGAGUACUUUGAGAGAUGGGGAGACAGCGGAGAGAGAAACCUGUUCGAGGCCUUGUCGGAGCUGAUCAUCCUGACGGCCAGCAGCUGCCUCCACGGGAGGGAGAUCCGCAGCAUGCUGAACGAGCACGUGGCCCAGCUCUACGCCGACCUGGACGGAGGAUUCAGCCACGAAGCCUGGCUGCUGCCCGGCUGGCUGCCCCUGCCCAGCUUCAGGAAGAGGGACAAAGCUCACAGAGAGAUCAAGAACAUCUUCUUCAAGGUGAUUCAAAAACGCAGAAAGUCUGGAGAGACAGUGGACGACAUCCUGCAGACCCUCAUCGAUGCCACCUACAAAGACGGCCGGCCCCUGAAUGACAGUGAGAUUGCGGGGAUGCUGAUUGGUCUCCUCCUGGCGGGCCAGCACACGUCCUCCACCACCAGCGCCUGGAUGGGCUUCUUCCUGUCCAGAGACAAAGCUCUGCAGGAGCGCUGCUACGCGGAGCAGAAGGCCGUGUGCGGAGAAAACCUGCCGCCGCUCGACUAUGAUCAGCUGAAGGAUCUGAGUUUGUUGGAGCGCUGUUUGAAGGAGACCCUGCGUCUGCGCCCGCCCAUCAUGACCAUGAUGAGGAUGGCUCGUUCUCCUCAGACUGCAGCAGGCUACACCAUCCCCGCGGGCCACCAGGUGUGCGUCUCGCCGACCGUCAACCACCGCCUGCACGACACCUGGGUGGAGAGGAUGGAGUUCGACCCCGAGCGCUACCUCAACGACAACCCCGCUGCGGGGGAGAAGUUUGCCUACGUGCCAUUUGGAGCCGGCCGCCAUCGCUGCAUCGGGGAGAACUUUGCCUACGUCCAGAUCAAAACCAUCUGGUCCACUUUACUGCGCAUGUACGACUUUGACCUGGUGGAUGGAUAUUUCCCCACAAUCAACUACACCACCAUGAUCCACACGCCUCACAACCCUGUCAUCAGAUACAAGAGGAGAAAACAGUGAGAGACCGAAGGAAGGCAGUGACGGAGGAAAGACACGUCCUGUGUGUGUGUGUGUGUGUGUGUGUGUGUGUGUGUGAGUGUGUGUGUGAAGUGGAUCGCCACGUUUCCUGGGACUUGAUUUGAGGAAUGUUUAGAUGAAACACACUUCGCUCCAUCUAAAUACCUAAAGCUUGUGCUUUUAUGCUUUCCUUUAUUUAGAGUCCAGAUUUUUGUCCGUCAACAUAAUAAACAAUUGUUAGAUACUUGUGUUUCCAGAGCAAAACACACCUGUAGUGUGACUCUGACUAGCUCAUAUUCACAAUGUGAAUUCUUAAAAAAAUAUUUGAAGUGUGACCAGUGUGACCAGCAGGUGGCAGUGCUGUUCAGUGUUCAAUGUGACAUAGUACCAACACUACCUUUGCUUUCCCUCAUCACAGGCUUGUGCUUUUCAACAAUAUAUUUUGGUUUAUUUCGUUGGUGUUUUUUGUGGUAUCUCAGCAUCCAAUCGACACGACCUAGAGCUUGUACAGAUGGAAAAAGUAAUUUAUGAUCAUGUGGUAUGAAUAACAAUGUCCUUGCAUUAUUAUGCCUUCUUUAAGAAAUAAACUUUAAAAACAG